AUGAGAAAAGUUAUCAUUGUGGAUGGAACACAUCUUAAGCAUGUUUAUGGUGGACUUAUACUUGUUGCGACGGCUCAAGAUCAUGAUCAUCACCAUUACCCUAUUGCAUUUGGUGUAGUUGUUGGUGAGAAAGAUGAAAGUUGGACGUGGUUUAUGAAUAAUUUGAGAUCAGUGAUAUCAGAUGUAGAAGGCUUGGUGUUUCUUUCAGAUAGAAAUGGGAGCUUGGUCAAGUCAAUACGACAUGUAUUCAACAACAAAAACGUUUGUGCAAGCAAGUUUAGGGAAUGUGCACAUGCUUAUAGAGUGGCUGAGUUCGAUGUUCUCUAUGUUGCUUUUUCUAGAAAGUAUCCUUCUGCUGCCGAGUAUCUGGAGAAGAGUGUUGAAGUGGGAAAAUGGGCAAUAUGUUACUUUGAAGGAGACAGAUACAAUGUUGACACCACCAAUGCAGCAGAAUCUAUCAAUAGUGUUCUUCGGGAAGCGAGGAAAUACUUCAUGCUACCGAUGAUUGAUGUUAUCAUUAAGAAAAUGGCGGAAUGGUUUAACAAACAUAGGAAGAAGGCAGCUCAAAUACCAGCCACAGAGAAGCUUGUGCCUACAGUGAAAAAGGAGUUGUCAAAAAGAUGUUUGGAAGCGAGGUGUUUAGAUGUGGUUGAGAUAAACAGCUUCCACCUUGAGUACAAUGUCAAUGGUAGUGACGGAAAGACAAAAUCCCCUCGUGCAGCAGCUGCUGCCAAGUUCUUGGGCAUUGUAAACGACCUCCAUCUACAAGACUUUUGUUCGAAAUACUAUACGGUGGAGCUUUGGGCGUUGGCAUACUAUAGGAUGAUUUAUCAUGUGCCACAUCAGUCUGAAUGGGUUAUACCAGAUGAAUUUCGAGCACUGAAAGUUCUUCCUCCAUUAUAUGAUAAGAAAGGACCCACUCAGAAGCAAAGGUUUCCAUUAGCCAGAGAAUCUCGUGGAGAGGAAGAGGGCGAGGAAGGGGAAGGGGAAGGGGAAGGAGCAGAGGAAGGAGAGGCAGACGUUUGUAUGAGUAUUUUGAGUGUGCAAGGGUUUGUGGAUGUGGUUGUCUGGGAUUUUGGAAGUGUGGAUGGUGUUUUUGUGGACAAGGGGCAUGUGGAUGUCGUUACCAGCAAAAACGAGGUGUGGAUGUGGCUGCUAGGGGUUUGCGAAGUGUGGAUGUGGAAGCUGCUGUUAUGGGUGGCGUGGACAGGAGAGUUGGGGUUGAAGUCUGCAGAGAUGCAGUAUUGA